AUGGUGAGGGGUAAUAUAGAGAGCGCCUCUUGUGGUAAAGGCAACCUCAAAACCUCUGCUCCCCUCAGAUCCUCAGACAGACGUAAACUAAAACAGCGCAUUGAAUCCACUUUCGGUUUAUCCUCAGAAGACGGGGACAUCUUGGUGCCAGACGGGAUUUUAUCCUUGAAAUUCAGCACACACCUCAACGAACCAGGCGUAGCUUACCUAUCACCAGAAGGCGAUCCUAUCUGGUUUACCGUGGGCAGGGGGUCAGACGAGCUCAUUCCAACCAUUUACACACUAUGGAAGAAGCAAGAGAUCCUACCGUUCCUAUCCACGCCAGCAGCAGUCAUCCCCGUCCUCGUUGGAGGCGCAGACCUCAUGAUUCCAGGAGUCGUUCACCAUACCCCAUCCUUAGUCGAGGGCCAACUCGUUGCCAUCCGUCAAUAUACGAGGGAAAAUGAGAGUGAUGUCUUGUCCCCCUCUCUUGCGGUUGGACGAAUGGCACUUCCUAGUGACCAGCUUCGCGAUGGGGGCAAGGAGAAGGGAAAAGCAGUGUAUGUCGUGCAUACAUGGAAAGAUCGUCUAUGGGAGAUGGGCUCAAAGCCAGACGUGCCGGAAGGGAGUACCCUAGACCAGCGAGACGACGGUAAUGAGAAUGCCAUAGAGGGUGCUAAACCCGCCACUCCACCCCCAAAGAGCCAAGCUCUAUCCUAUACCCCUCAAGAAACGACCAACCUUUUACUCAAAUCCCUCCUCCAAGCCAUCUCAACGACCGUCUCUUCCCUCCCUCCAUCUUCCUUCCCCAUCCCCUCAACACUCCUCUACACAAACCACAUCCUCCCCUCCCGUCCCGCCUUCCCUACACUCGUUCUCCCCCCCUCCGCCCUACCACCCACCACCGCUGAAGAAGAAGAAGAAGAAGAAAACAAACCACACAUCGACCCAUCAGAACUAUCCAUAAAAUCAUCAAACCACAAAUCCCUCACUUCCUUCCUAAAAUCCGCCGAAAAACAAGGUCUCCUAACACUCAAAUCCCCACCUAAACACAGCAAUUCCCCCGACAUCCUCAUAACGUCCAUCAACGGCUCGCACCCACUCGUAGCGGACCACCAGGCGUAUGUGACGGUUGGUGAUCUGGAGAAGACGGCGGCGAAGAGGGCGAAGAAGGAGGAGAGGGAGAAGGAGGAGGAGAAGAGGGGAAGGGGGGAGGUGGGUGUUAGGGAGCUUUGGAAGCCUCAUUUGGGGAGCUUGGAUCUUUUUGAGGGGUUAGGUGGGAGUAAAACGGCACUGUACACUCUCCCAGAGAUCAAGACCCUCCUAAACACGUACAUAGCUUCCAAGAACCUGGUUAACCAGAACGAUCAAGCGUACAUCAACUUGGACGACCUUCUUUAUUCUUGUGUGUCUUCGAAAACCAAGGGCAGCAGCAAGCCGAGUAAAGCUGGAGGGGGAGGGGGGGAGGAAGAAGCGGCACCGAUGAUGAAGUUUAUGAAGCGGGACGAGUUGACGGGGAGGGUUACGGAGAAGAUGCAGAGCUGGUACGAGGUUCGUGUGGAGGGACGGGAGGUGGUGCGCAAAAAAGGCCCACUGAAGCCCAUCCAAGUAACCAUCAAAGUAAGACAAGGCCGGAAAGCGAGCACGCUUAUAGUUGGGUUUGAGCCCUUUUUGGUCGUGGAGGCUGAAGAGAUGGCGGAGGAGUUGAGGAGGGUGUGUGCGGGUUCUACUUCUGUAUCCCCAAUCGCAGGUAAACCCGCCGGUUCGGGCGUCGAAGUCUUAGUGCAGGGUAAACAGGCCAAAGCGGUCACGGAGUAUCUAGUAGGGAAGGGAAUACCGAAGAAUUGGAUCCAAGUUUCGGGGAAGUAG